GCAAUUAAACAGCACCUUAUCAUAGCGCCUUCAAGUUUUGCCGGAAGCCUCUUGCUCAUCCUUACGGAAAGUCUGUGGGGCCCAGCUUUCCUUAGCCAUCCAGGUGGAGGCCUCUGCCUUGAACACUGCCAAGUGACGUAGAACCCACGGGCCUAGAGGCCCCUCAACACUUCCUGUGUGGAGCACAGAAACCCGCCUCCUCUCCCAGCCUCAGGUGUCUGCUUCAGAAAAUGAAGGAAUAAACUGAGGCUGUCAUCGCCGCCAUCUUAGAACAGCCGUCCAGUGAAGGAAGAAUGCAGUCGGGCGCUCUCUGGAGAGUUCUGGGGCUCUGCCUCCUCUCAGUUGGCGCUUGGGGGCAGGAAGGUAUCGACAAUGCUGACAAUGACACACCAAAACAAUAUAAAGUCUCCAUCUCCGGAACCACGGUAGAGGUGACAUGCUUUUUGGAUCCUUCAACAGAAUCAAUACAAUGGGAAAAAAAUCAUGGAAACGUAACCGUUGAAAAUCCUGAACGACUAACAAUUGAGAACUUUUCAGAAUUGGAGCACAGUGGUUAUUAUGCCUGCUUUAAGAGCAACUCAGACAAGGACUACUACCUCUACCUGAAAGCUAGAGUGUGUGAGAACUGCAUGGAGGUUGAUCUGACAGCUGUCUUCACGAUCAUCAUAGUGGACAUCUGCAUCACGCUAGGCUUACUGGUGUCGGUUUAUUACUGGAGCAAGAAUAGGAAGGCUAAGGCCAAGCCUGUGAAAAGAGGAACCGGAGGCGGGGGCAGGCCCAGGGGACAAAACAAGGAGAGGCCGCCACCUGUUCCCAACCCGGACUAUGAGCCGAUCCGGAAAGGCCAACGGGACCUGUAUUCUGGCCUGAAUCAGAGAGGAGUCUGACAGCACCAGAGGACAAUGCCCAGGCCUGGCUCUCCUGGGGCAUCCUGCUAGUCUUUGUUCCCUGGACAAGGCUUGGAGCCCACGAAGGAAUUGUUCUUCAGCCUCACGGUGAAUUCACAUCCUCCAGCCAUGUGCCAUGCUCGCCUCUUCUCGUCAUCCCUGCUGGUGUCUAGUUGGAGGCUACUGCUGCUUUGCUGUCCUUUGAAGCAGCACAGCUAGGCAGGCCCUAACACCCCGCCUGCCCUCCUGUCAGUGUAUUUACUUCUAUUAUUCACUCUCUGCUGACUUUCUUCCCCCUGCAUGGAUGUUAUUUCUGCCUUCAGUUCCCUCCUUGUCCUCUACAUAAGCCCCGCCUUGUCCCUAACAACCCCAUACAACUUUCUAUUUUUUCCGGCUCUCUCUUGUGCCAACCUUCUGUGGGGAUGGACUGGGUAAAUGUUAGCAGAGGCCCUGACCCAUUCGCAGAUCCUGGUAGAUCCCAGCCCCCUCCCUGCUCUUCGCUGUAGGCCACUGGAUGGUCAUUUGCAUCUCAGUGAAUGCGCCAGACUCUCUCCCACCAACAGAGAAAAGCAAUAAAGUGUACUUGGCUGAAAGA